CAGUUUCCUACUGAAGACGAGCGCUCAGCUUGCCACUGAAGGCUGGUCUGCAGCCACCACUGCUCAGGCCACUGAAUGGAUGGCAGGAUUUCUAUAGUAUAUCUAGUAUGAGUUCCACAUCUUGGCCUCUUAUCCUACUUCAGCAGUCUCAUCUCCACCAUCUGGAGAAUAAAUGGGAUAUUUGCAUGAAUUCCAGACUCUGAACUGAAAUAGACUGCAGUGUUCAUAUUCUUUUCUUGUUAUUACUAACAGCUCCUCAGAAAAUUAAAUGUCGGCAGAAGACCGAGAAGCCCAGGAGGAUGAAUUGCUGGCCCUGGCGAGUAUUUAUGAUGGAGAUGAAUUUAGAAAAGCAGAGUCUGUCCAAGGUGGAGAAACAAGGAUCUAUUUGGACUUGCCACAAAAUUUCAAGAUAUUUGUGAGCGGCAAUUCAAAUGAGUGUCUCCAGAAUAGUGGCUUUGAAUACACCAUUUGCUUUCUGCCUCCACUUGUGCUGAACUUUGAACUGCCACCAGAUUAUCCAUCCUCCUCCCCACCUUCAUUCACACUUAGUGGCAAAUGGCUGUCACCAACUCAGCUGUCUGCUCUUUGCAAGCACUUAGACAACUUGUGGGAAGAACACCGUGGCAAUGUGGUCCUGUUUGCCUGGAUGCAGUUUCUUAAGGAAGAGACCCUAGGGUACCUGAAUAUUGUCUCUCCUUUCGAGCUCAAGAUCGGUUCUCAGAAAAAAUUGCAGAGAAGGACGGCUCAAGCCUCUGCCAACACAGAGCUAGAUUGUAGAGGAGCAGCUGGAUCUGCUGUAGACCAAGAGGAAGUUGUGGAUGAGAGAGCCGUGCAGGAUGUGGAAUCGUUGUCCAGUCUGAUCCAGGAAAUCUUGGACUUUGAUCAAGCUCAGCAGAUAAAAUGCUUUAAUAGUAAAUUGUUCCUGUGCAAUAUCUGUUUCUGUGAGAAGCUGGGUAGUGAAUGCAUGCACUUCUUGGAGUGCAGACAUGUGUACUGCAAAGCCUGUCUGAAGGACUACUUUGAAAUCCAGAUCAAAGAUGGCCAAGUUAAAUGCCUCAACUGCCCAGAACCCAAGUGCCCUUCAGUGGCUACUCCUGGUCAGGUCAAAGAGCUAGUAGAAGCAGAGUUAUUUGCCCGUUACGAUCGGCUGCUUCUCCAGUCCACCUUGGACCUGAUGGCAGAUGUGGUGUACUGCCCCCGCCCAUGCUGCCAGCUGCCUGUGAUGCAGGAGCCUGGCUGCACCAUGGGCAUCUGCUCCAGCUGCAAUUUUGCCUUCUGUACCUUAUGCAGAUUGACCUACCAUGGCGUCUCUCCGUGUAAGCUCACGGCAGAGAAAUUAAUAGACUUACAAAAUGAGUACCUGCAAGCAGAUGAGGACAAUAAAAGAUUUCUGGAACAGAGGUAUGGUAAGAGGGUGAUUCAGAAGGCACUGGAAGAAAUGGAAAGUAAAGAGUGGCUAGAAAAGAACUCAAAGAACUGCCCAAAUUGUGGGACUCCCAUAGAGAAAUUAGAUGGAUGUAACAAGAUGACAUGUACUGGUUGUAUGCAAUAUUUCUGCUGAAUUUGCAUGGGUUCUCUCCACCUAAAGCAAACCCUUAUAAACAUUUCACUGAUCCUGCUUCCCUGUGUUUUAACCGGUUGUUCUAUGCUGUGGAUGUUGAUGAAGAUAUUUGGGAAGAUGAGAUUGAAGAAGACUAGUUCAUUCCUACUGCUCAAGACGUGGAAGUGAAAUGGUUUGCCCUAAUCUUUUGCUGAGUAUACAAAGUAACUCAGGAUAUUUGCAGGAUAUUUAGGGUUACCAUUCAUUCACGCUUCCAGUGUAGAAGAUGAGGAGAACGAGGUUUACAUUUUCAUGUGGCACUACUGACUAAGGCACAUUCAUGCAUUUUUCAAUGUAACAUAAUUGAGAAAAUUAUAAGCCAAAGGUUCAGAAAAUGAAAACUAAAGAAUAUUAAAUAUUACUAUGUUCCCAAAACUGAAUAGUUAAAAAUUUAAAUAUUUAUUUUCUUCCCCAAGCUUUAGGUAAGGAGAAGGGGUCAAGAGUUCAACUUACAGACCUUUUUAUCUCUGAGAAGCAUCCCUUUAAACUUCUGAGGGAGUCUCCUUACGGCUGGGGUGGUUAGAAGCCUUAUUAAAAUUGUACCAAGAGCCUGAUCUUACUCCAUGUUACAUUCCUUCCAACCUAAAUUUCUGCUGAGUUCUUUUUGGAGGGAGCCCUUUAUAGCUGAUUGGAUGGCCCAGUGCCAUUUUGAUCUACUGCUUUUAAGAAUAGAAAUUUAUAAUUUAAAAAAUAUUCUAUAAUACCACAAAUAAUGUGGGUCACCUGAUACUGCUUUUCAGAAUAGAAAUUUAUAAUUUAAAAAAUAUUCUAUAAUACCACAAACAAUGUGGGUCACAGAUAUAGCAGGUGGUAUAUAGUUCACUGAUGCUGAGCCAAGUCUGUUAUUUAAUGACACUGGCUCAGAAGAAUUUCAGCGCUGUUCAGCUUUCCUGAGCAGUAGAGCCUAGCUUCACAACAACUUGUCUUUGCCACGUUUCAUUCUACAUUCUCUCUUUUACCCUCACCCAGCCUUCUGUUGGUAAGGACAAUUUUAAUAUCAACUCCAUCAGCUCAUAUUUUUAUUUCUGUUGCUGGAAUAAGAGGAAGCCUAAUAUAUUCAUUCCCAAGCUGAACAAGCUGAGCUUCCAAUUAUGUGCUUUUUGAACUCCACACUACUGUAGUUCAGUCCUAACUUUCUAAAUUCUUUCUAUAGGUCUUCUCUAAUGUGCUUUGGGAGUUUGGUUUCCCACCUGUUUUUUGCAACAGCACCUUUUUGGAGGAUAAUUUUGGCUUGCCUAGAUCCCUAUUUCAGGGUUUUGUUGGCUUUUUGAAAAAUUGUCUUUCCUUUUGGUUUGGUGAGUGGUUUGGUAGCAAAAUAAGAUUUUUUUGAAAAGGGCAGAAUUCAGCUGCAGCUAUGAAAAUGUUUUUUCCUACCUUGUCACUGAAAAUUGGGGAAUCAUUUUUAACCAUUUUAUGUGUGUAUAUCCAAAGAGUCAGCAGUGACUAUUUCUGGAUUGUCAAUGAGGAUGCUUAAUCUUAAAAAUAAAAAUAACUUAAAAAUUGUCUUAUAA